UGGCCCGCCCGACAUGGAGGAAACGCCGUUCCAGAAGGUCAAGACGCGGCGCCGCCGGAGCCACUGCCCGCCCGGGGCGAUCGCCUGCGAGGACGAGUUCGACUGCGGGGAGCUGGAGGCUCUGUUCCGCCGGUACCGGCUGAAGCUGGAGCAGACGGCCACGCUGAAGGCGCUGUCGGUGCUGAUCCUGCUGUCCUGCAGCCUGAGCCUGCUGGAGCUGCUGCUGUCCGGUACCGGGCUCUCCGUGGCGCAGGGCUCGCACCCGGUGCACUCUGUGCUCUUCAUCUCGCUCUUCAUCGUCACUAACGUGCAGUACCUGCAGGUGACGCAGCUGCAGCAGAUCGCGCACCUGAGCCUGCUGUUCGGCUUCACCUUCGCGGUGCCGUGCUGCCCGCUCCCGCAGGUGUCGCGCGCCGCGGGCCCGGAGCAGGGCGUGUGGCCGCUGUUGCUGCUCACCUUCGUGGCGUACUGCCUGCUGCCGGUGCGCACCGGGCUCGCGCUGCUGUUCGGGCUGCUGCUGCCGCUCGCGCACACGCUCAUCACCGCCAGCGCGCUCCCGGACAACACACAGCGACUCUGGAGAUCGCUGGUGGCCAACACUCUGCUCUUCACCGGGGUGAAUGUGUCGGGUCUGUUUGUGCGUAUCCUGACGGAGCGAGCGCAGAGGAAAUCCUUCCUGCAGGCCCGGAACUGCAUCGAGGAGAGACUGCGCAUGGAGGACGAGAACGAGAAACAGGAGCGUCUGCUGAUGAGUCUGCUGCCCAGAAAUGUGGCCAUGGAGAUGAAGGAGGACUUCCUGAAACCACCAGAGAGGAUCUUUCACAAGAUCUACAUCCAGCGACACGACAACGUCAGCAUCCUGUUUGCUGAUAUCGUGGGCUUCACCAGUCUGGCGUCUCAGUGUACGGCGCAGGAGCUGGUCAAACUCCUCAAUGAACUCUUCGGCAAGUUUGACGAGCUGGCCACGGAGAACCACUGCCGGCGGAUCAAGAUUCUGGGCGACUGCUAUUACUGUGUGUCAGGCCUGACGCAGCCCAAGACGGACCACGCUCACUGCUGUGUGGAGAUGGGUCUGGACAUGAUCGACACCAUCACGUCGGUUGCCGAGGCGACAGAGGUGGACCUGAACAUGCGUGUGGGUUUGCACACGGGUCGUGUUCUCUGUGGUGUGUUGGGUCUCAGGAAGUGGCAGUAUGACGUCUGGUCCAAUGAUGUGACGCUGGCCAACAUGAUGGAGGCUGGAGGUCUGCCUGGGAAGGUGCACAUCACACGCUCCACUCUGGAGUGUCUGAAUGGAGAUUAUGAGGUGGAGCCUGGAAACGGCAGAGAGAGACAUGCGUUUCUACUCAAACACGACAUCGAGACCUUCUUCAUAGUGCCAUCUCACCGCAGGAAGAUUUUUCCUGGUCUGAUCCUGUCAGACAUCAAACCUGCCAAAAAGAUGAAGUUUAAGACGGUGUGUUACCUACUGGUGCAGCUCAUGCACUGCCGCAAGAUGUUCAAGGCUGAGAUUCCCUUCUCUAACGUCAUGAACUGUGAGGAUGGGGACAAGAGGAGGGUGCUGCGCUCUGCACCGGAGAAGCUCAGGAACCGUGCCCCGACCGCAGCCUCCGCGCCUCAGAGCAGUCCAGGAACACGUGUAAACCGCUACAUCAACCGGCUGAUCGAGGCCCGGCAGACGGAGUCCGACACGGCAGAUCUGAACUACCUCACACUCAUGUACAGAGACUCAGAGCGCGAGCGCCGGUAUCAUCAGCUGAAUGACGAGUACUUCACCAGCGCUGUGGUUCUGUCGCUGCUCCUGGUGGUUCUGCUGGGCUUCCUCUACCUGCUCAUCAUCCCACAAGGGACUGUGGUGCUGGUGCUGCUGGUCUUCUGCAUCUGCUUUCUGGUCGUGUGCAUCAUGUACCUGCAGAUCACCAGAGUUCAGUGUUUUCCAGGGUGCCUCACCAUACAGAUCCGCACCGUUCUGUGUGUGUUCAUAGUGCUCUUAAUAUACGCCGUGGCCCAGGCCUGUGUGGUGGGCUGUAUGCCAUGGCUCUGGCCCUCGAACUCCACGCGCUCCAUCGUGAUCAUCGACGCGGUGGCGGGCCUGAACCGCACCAUGGCGGAGCUGCCGUGUGCUGGAGCUCAGUACGCCUUCCUGUGCUGCAUGCUGGGAACUCUGAGCAUGACGCUGUUUCUGCGGGUCUCCUGGAUGCCCAAGAUGAUCCUGCUGCUGCUGCUGCUGGUGCUCUACAUCACCAUCCUGGAGCUCAGCGGAUUCAGACGCGCGUCUGGCUGGGCUCUGUUGAGUGUUCGAGGUCUGGAGCCGCUUCUGUCUCUGCUGCUCUUCUCCACCGCAGUGGCCCUUCACUCCAGACAGCUGGACCUCAAACUGCGGCUGGACUUCCUGUGGGCCACUCAGGCAGAGGAGGAGAGAGACGGCAUGGAGAAAGUCAAACUGGACAAUAAGAGGAUUCUGUUCAAUCUGCUUCCUGUCCACGUGGCUCAACACUUCCUGCUGUCCAACCCCAGAAACAUGGAUCUGUAUUAUCAGUCGUACGCUCAGGUCGGGGUUCUGUUCGCAUCCAUUCCCAACUUCAACGACUUCUACAUCGAGCUGGACGGAAACAACAUGGGCGUGGAGUGUCUGCGGCUGCUCAAUGAGAUCAUCGCUGACUUUGACGAGCUGAUGGAUAAAGAGUGUUAUAAAGACAUCGAGAAGAUCAAGACCAUCGGCAGCACCUACAUGUCAGCGGUGGGGUUGGUGCCCACCAUCGGAACCAAGGCCAAGAAAUCCACCGCCACUCACCUGAGCACCAUAGCAGACUUCGCCAUCGAGAUGUUCGACGUUCUGGAUGAAAUCAACUAUCAGUCUUAUAAUGACUUUGUGUUGAGAGUGGGUAUUAAUGUGGGUCCAGUGGUGGCAGGUGUGAUCGGGGCUCGCCGGCCGCAGUACGACAUCUGGGGGAACACAGUGAACGUGGCCAGCCGCAUGGACAGCACAGGAGUACCUGGGAAAAUACAGGUGACAGAGGACGUGUACCGUCUGCUCCAGAACAACUAUGAUCUGAUGUGCCGUGGCAAUGUCAGUGUAAAGGGGAAAGGUCAGAUGCUCACCUACUUCUUGGAGGGAAAAGCACAGGAUCCGGGGAUCCGAGCGCCGCACCACACAGGCGGUCUGGAGCGCAGGGUUCAUGCCAUCGCCCGGACCAGCAGCACACAGACCAAAGCCGACAGUGUCUCUUCCGCAACAUCCGGCCUGGCGGCGAGAGUCGGCCUGAGCAGCAGUUUCCAUGGACCGCACGGACACAGCAACACCACCAAUGUGCCUACAGUCGGGGAAGAGGAGGAGACCAAAGAGGAGGAGGUGUAGGGCGGAUCCAGCACUGCAAAAACAUGCCAACGUGAUUAAACAAGGCAUGAGUAUGAUGAUUAAUCAGGAGGAGUUCUACAACUAAUCGAGAUAAGUGUUACGAUUAAUCAAGAAGCUGACGCGUUUAUCAAGAUAUGAGUACAUUUCAUUGAGACAUGAGUACAGCGAUCAACGAAGACAUGAGUAUGAUGAUUAAUCGAGAGGAGUACUAAGAUUAAUCGAGAUAAGUGGUACGAUUAAUCAAGAAACUAACACGUUUAUCAAGACAUGAGUACAGUGAUU